AUGUCAUCAUCUGAAUAUUAUUGUGUACCAGGUGAUCGUUUAUGUCCAUGUGAUCGUGCUAUAGCAGGUCCUGGAACAUAUGAAAAACAAAAUUGUAUUUAUGCAAGUAUUGCUGGUACUAUUCAACUUACAACAGUCGAUCAAUCAUCAAAUAAUUCAGAUAAAAAACCCACCAUAUCUGUCAUACGUCAAGAUCGUUCUCUAGCUGUUCCAUCCGUUGGUUCAUUAGCCUAUUGUAAAAUAACUAAUGUAACAUCACGUUUUGUACGUUGUCUUGUUUUUGCUAUUAAUAAUCAACCAUUAAAAACACCAUGUCAUGGACGUAUUACACGAGAAAAUAUUGAAAGUAUAAAUAAAGAUUCUGUUGUAUGUAGUACAAAAUUUCGACCAGAUGAUAUUGUACUUGCACGAAUAAUAGCACUUGGUGAUGCUAAUGCAUAUUUAUUAAGUACAGCAGAAGAAAAUCUUGGAGUUAUUGCUGCUCGUUCAGUAGCUGGUGAAAAACUUGUACCGAUAUCUGAUUGUCAAAUGACAUGUUCAAUGACAAAUACCGUUGAACCACGUAAAGUUGCUAAAAUUCAAGCUGAUUUAGCUAAUGAAGUAUCAAAACUUGUUUAG